UGGGGCGGGACCUGGGUUAUUCCUCUGGCUGCGAGGCUCUGCCGCUCCUCUGCAGUUCACUUCAGCUCCCUGCCACCGUCCUGUCUUCAACAUGCCUGGCCCGGCCCCCAGUGGCACUAACGUGGGCUCCUCAGGGCGCUCUCCCAGCAAAGCAGUGGCGGCCCGGGCGGCGGGAUCCACCGUCCGGCAGAGGAAGAAUGCCAGCUGUGGAACAAGGAGCGCAGGACGUACGACCUCAGCGGGCACUGGGGGGAUGUGGCGAUUCUACACAGAGGAUUCACCAGGGCUCAAAGUGGGCCCUGUUCCAGUAUUGGUUAUGAGUCUUCUGUUCAUCGCUUCUGUAUUUAUGUUGCACAUUUGGGGCAAGUACACUCGUUCAUAGAUUCGGCUACAUCCAUCUGUCUGUCAUCUGAAGAAGAAAGGAAAAAAUCCCAACAUAUUUUGGACCAAAAACAUAGUGAUUUUCUGUUCAUGAGGAAGAAAUUUUCUGCAAGCUUACUGUUUUAUAGGGAACUUAAUGAGAAUUAAAGAAUCCAUUUUUUUUCUAUGGCUAACAAA